AUGUCAUACCAAGCAGCAACAAUCGUCGCUGCUCCCAACGAAUUUCGUGUCCCAUUUCCGACAUAUGUCCAAAUCUCUAAAGUCCAGUUUCAAAAAGAUAGUGGAUCUCGUUUGCUUGCAGCUUCUGGAUGGGAUGGAACAUGCAAAGUUUAUGAAGUAGGAAAGCUUGGAGACAUUACAGAGAAGUUCGUAUACUCACAUGGAAAACCUCUAUUGGCAUGUACAUUUGCUGGCUAUAACAAAGUAGCAUUCGGAGGUGUUGAUCACAACGUGAAACUGGUCGAUAUUGAAACUUCGAAUGCAACUCAACUCGGUUCGCAUGCUUUAGCAGUGCGUUGCCUAGAAUUUAAUCAUAUGGAAAGUUUGAUUAUCUCUGGUGGAUGGGAUUCGUCUGUGAAAUUGUGGGAUGCACGAAGCUAUGGAAAUGGGGCUGUGGAAUCAGUAAACGUGUCGAGCAGUGUUUACGCGAUGGAUGUACUCAAGCACACAAUUCUUGUUGGAACAAAAGAUCGAAAAAUCUACAUGUUCGAUAGCCGAAAACUCAGAGAGCCUCUACAAGUCCGCGACAGCCCUCUCAAAUAUCAGACGCGUGCAGUUCAGUUUUUCCCAACUGGAGAAGCGUUCGUUGUUUCUUCUAUUGAAGGUCGUGUAGCUGUAGAGUACGUGGAACAAACCGGCGAGCAGGUUAAAAGAAAAUACGCAUUCAAGUGCCAUCGCGAAAAAGAUUCGGAUGGAACAGAACUAAUUCAUCCAGUUCAUGCGGUAGCUUUCCAUCCAAAAUACGGCAGUUUCGCUACUGGAGGAUCUGAUGGAAUUGUGAACAUCUGGGAUCCAUUUAACCGAAAGAGAAUUAUCCAGUUGCACAAGUUCGAAACCUCAAUCUCUUCCUUAUCGUUCAAUGAAGACGGAACUCAACUCGCCAUUGCUUCCUCCUAUCAAUACGAGUACGAAGUGGAUCCAGUGCCUCUCCCAAACAACUCGAUCACAAUCCGUCAUAUAACCGAAGCAGAAAGCCGGCCAAAGUAA